AAUGAAAAACUCCCUCUCUCCAAAGUUUUCAAAUUUGAAAAAAUCCCCCCAAAUCACCUGACCCUAACCCUCGCCAUCUCAAUCCUAAUCAAUUUCUGUUUCGAGUUUAGAUUUCGGUAGAGAUCGAUUGAUGGAGAUCUUAUCAGGUCCGAUCAUUCCAUGUCCCAAAGAGCACCAGAAAAUCUAUCAGCAGUGGUUCGACUUCGCCGAUUCAGAUGGCGACGGCCGUCUCACUGGAAACGACGCCACGAAGUUCUUCGAGAUGUCGAAACUCUCGCGACCAGAACUGAAGCAGGUUUGGGCAAUUGCUGACUCUAAACGACAAGGAUUUAUAGGGUUCAUGGAGUUCACUACUGCGAUGCAGUUGGUGUCUCUCGCACAAGCUGGACAUGAACUAACCCCAGAUCUUUUAAAAUCAAAUGAUGGCAUGGAGCUUGUAGAACCUCCAUUGAUGGAAGGUUUGGAUGGUUUGCUAGUGAAGAGGAAUAGUUCAAAAAUGAAUGGCACUUAUGAACCAAACGGAAGUACCAUGCCACAGCGAAUGUUGUCAACAAAUUCAUUUACAUCAAAAUCAAACAAGAAGGCAACUCUUAGUGUAGUUACAUCGAUAACUGAUGGGUUGAAGAGACUGUAUAUUGAAAAACUAAAGCCAUUGGAAGUUGCUUACCAUUUCAAUGAUUUUGGAUGUCCUUUAUUGACAAACAGUGAUUUUGAUGCUAAACCCAUGGUUAUGCUUUUGGGUCAGUACUCAACAGGGAAAACUACAUUCAUAAAACAUUUGUUGAAAUUGAACUACCCAGGAGCUCACAUUGGACCUGAGCCUACAACUGAUCGAUUCGUGGUUGUUAUGUCUGGACCUGAUGAAAGAAGCAUCCCGGGGAACACUAUUGCUGUUCAUGCAGAGAUGCCCUUUAGUGGUCUUACUACUUUUGGAGGAGCUUUUUUGUCAAAAUUUGAGUGUUCCCAAAUGCCACACCCCUUGCUUGAACAUAUUACCUUUGUGGACACUCCGGGAGUCCUAUCUGGAGAGAAGCAACGAACACAACGAAGUUAUGAUUUUACUGGUGCUAUCUCGUGGUUCGCAGCAAAAUGUGAUCUUAUUCUUCUUUUGUUUGAUCCUCAUAAGCUUGAUAUCAGCGAUGAAUUUAAACGGGUGAUUUCAUCUGUACGGGGUCAUGAUGACAAGAUACGUGUUGUCCUAAACAAGGCAGACCAAGUUGAUACCCAACAAUUAAUGAGAGUAUAUGGUGCCUUAAUGUGGUCACUUGGAAAAGUUCUGAACACACCAGAAGUUGUGCGGGUAUACAUUGGCUCUUUCAAUGACAAACCAGUUAAUGAAGCAGUUGUUGGUCCCAUUGGGAGGGAGCUUUUUGAGAAAGAACAAGACGACCUCCUUGCAGACUUGAUAGACAUUCCAAAAAAGGCUUGUGAUCGUCGAAUCAACGAAUUUGUGAAACGUGCUAGGGCUGCUAAGAUUCAUGCCUACAUAAUUAGCCAACUUAAAAAGGAGAUGCCAGCUGUGAUGGGUAAAGCUAAGACUCAACAACGGCUUAUUGAUAAUCUUGAGGACGUGUUUGCAAAGGUUCAGAGAGAGUUCCAUCUACCAGCAGGCGAUUUUCCAAACAUAGAACACUUCCGGGAGGUUUUGAGUGCUUACAACAUUGAUAAGUUUGAGAAACUGAAGCCUAAAAUGAUUCAAGCCGUGGAUGAUAUGCUUGGUUAUGACAUUCCAGAGCUCUUGAAGAAUUUCAGGAAUCCUUAUGACUAAGGAUGUUGCCAUCUAAAGCUGGUGCUUCGAGAAGUACUCGCUUAAUACUUGAGAAUGUAUAUGAUAAAGCAACAGUGUGAUUGUUUUUCCCUUUGUUCUUCUUUUGCUUUAAUUUGACUGUUGGAUUUGAAUUUUUCGAGAUUCCUGCUUGUUCAAAAAUGCCUCGGCAUUGAGCCUCUGGCUCUGUGUUUGUUACGGGCCUUAGACAGCGCGGGCGUUAGGCUUUCUGUGUUGGGUUGUUUUUUACUCUGAAUUCUUUGACUAAUAGAAAAUAUAUGGCAUAUGUUUUCUUUGGCAUAUUUUUACAAGAAAAAAAUGCAUCAAAGUUCUUA